AGGUAUUCAAAUAGCGGUGAGGAGCGGCAGAAUCGAGGCCCGCAUGGGCGUGGCCUCGAUCGGCCCCGGAGUGUCUGAGCUGCGGUCACUACACAGCUCCACGAUCUCCAGCACCUCCACCUGAUAUAACCCUCUUGACGUCGGUCUCACUGAUAUUUAUAGAGAUCGAUUCGCCAAGAUGUCUGCCCAGAACUCCGCAGGUAUCCAGACGUUGCUGGACGCGGAACGAGAAGCCCAGAAGAUUGUGCAGAAAGCCAGAGAAUACCGCACUACGAGAGUAAAGGACGCAAAGACAGAGGCACAGAAGGAGAUUGAGGACUACAGAAAGCAAAAGGAGGAAGAGUUCAAGAAGUUCGAGGCAGAGCACUCGAGCGGAAACAAGAAGGCCGAGGAAGAGGCUAAUAAGGAAGCUGAGGCGAAGCUUGAGGAAAUCAAGAAGCUGGGAGCGGAGAAGGGCGACAAGGUUGUCGAAGAUCUGCUCCACGCUGUGGUGAACGUCCAGACCGAAGUUCCUGAGAAGAUCGCCAGCAAGGCAUAGAUCCGGCGAGAUGAGCGCUCGUUAUUGCUUGUGGGAUACUUUGAGAAUAUCCCGUCCCACUUUGUUGUUACUUGUUUUGAGGGAGGUCGCAUCAUGUUCCUCUCUAUUAGCAUCCCUGUCUGAAAUGUAAAUGCAAUAUCGUCUUCUUGAUUCCAUUGAUGGGCCCUGUAAGCAAGAGCAGCUGGUAGGCCAGGACUGUUGGUGCAAUUUCGCAUAUCUAGUAGUUAUUUAAAUAUGUACCAAUUGUUCUACGAAUCUAAGCCGAAGACCUGGAAUGCGCCGAUAUCGAAUGCGGUUGUCGGUAGUAUCUACUCUAGUACCUAUGCAGG